UGCAGGGGGUCAGAUCGACCAGGAGCUCAGAAUAACCAAUGUCGAUAUCACCAGACGCGCCAUCUAGAGGUGGUGCCGCGUGCCUGCGUCAAAAUAUGACCGAAGAUGAUGAGGAUUACGCCCAGUGGAUGGUGGAUUCUGUCCAUGAGACCAAUAUCAGGCCCUCGGACUCAAACAGCACGAUCUUGCGUGACAUUGAGUACAGAAGUAGCGAUGGAUGUAUGGAUAUCUCGAACCCAGUGUACCGGUUUGAUCUAACCCCAUACGAAUCGGUCUUCCGUGAUGGAUUUAAAGGGAGAUUUGAAAUGAACACUCCCAACAGCAUUUACUGCAACUUGGAACUUUACCUGAACCAUGGGGUAAUGCCUACUACUAUCACCCGAAGACCGGACAAUUACAUCUUUUUUAGCACUACCCUGAGCAGGUCCUGGUUUCCCAACAUGAGGCAAGCCCGUAUAUAUCGCUAUGAGAUAUAUGCCCCCGGGGGUAUCUGGCUUGCUCAAACAUUUCGUGAACGUGAGACAAGCCCGUACGUAUCGCUAGAUGAAGAUGAGGUAGCCUUUCUUGUCGGCAUUGCUCCUCAAUAUAUUCGAUCUGCACAGGCUUUCCGGCUCAUACCCGGCAGGUACGUAGCCGCCUUCUACCUUAAUUUCAAAACCUUUCAUUAG